AUGAGAAAUCAUACAGCAAUAACAACAUUCAUACUUCUGGGAUUAACAGAUGACCCAAAACUACAAGUUCUAAUUUUUAUUUUUUUGUUUUUCACUUAUAUAAUGAGUGUUACUGGUAAUCUAACAAUUAUCAGCCUCACAUUUUUAGAUUCCCAUCUUAAAACGCCCAUGUAUUUCUUCCUUCGAAAUUUCUCUUUCUUAGAAGUCUCAUUCACCACUGUUUGUAUCCCCAGAUUCCUGUACACUAUGACAACUGGAGAUAAUACUGUUACCUAUAAUGCUUGUGCUACCCAAUUGUUUUUUGUUGUCCUUUUUGGAGCAACAGAAUUUUUUCUUCUAGCAGCCAUGUCCUAUGACCGUUACGUAGCCAUCUGCAAGCCCCUGCAUUACACAACCAUCAUGAACAAUAGGGUCUGCACUACGCUGGUUCUCUUCUGUUGGGCUGCUGGCCUGUUGAUCAUCAUCCCACCACUUGGCAUGGGUCUUCAACUGGAAUUCUGUGACUCAAAUGUGAUUGAUCAUUUUGGCUGUGAUGCAUCGCCUAUCCUGCAGAUAACAUGCUCAGAUACAGUAUUUAUAGAGAAAAUUAUUUUGUGUUUUGCCAUCCUGACUCUCAUUAUCACCCUCGUGUGUGUAGUCCUCUCCUACACGUACAUCAUUAAGACUAUUCUAAAAUUCCCUUCUGCACAACAGAGAAAAAAGGCCUUUUCUACCUGCUCUUCCCAUAUGAUUGUUGUUUCCAUCACCUAUGGCAGCUGCAUCUUCAUCUAUAUCAAACCAUCAGCAAAGGAAGGAGUGGCCAUUAAUAAGGUAGUGUCAGUGCUCACUACUUCAGUUGCCCCUCUGCUUAAUCCUUUCAUUUAUACACUUCGAAACAAGCAAGUGAAACAAGCUUUCAAGGACACCUUAAAAAAGAUCGCUUUUCUUACAAAGAAGUAA